UGGACUCGGCCCCAAAUAUGAGCCCUUUACCACCACCAUGCUCAAGCCACCGAUGCCCUCCUAUUCAGAGGUAGUGCCGCUGCUGCAGGGCUUUGAAACGAGGAGCCAGUUGCACGAGAAUUACAACGCGCAACACACUGCCUUCUAUGGUCAUGCUACGGGUCACGGCAAAAACAAAGGGAGACCGUGGUCCUCCCGUGGACGUGGCUUUUCCCAAGCCACACAAGUGGCACGUCCAGGCCAUCAACACAGUCAACAUAGUGGGCCCAAAAAUCACGGACCACAUUCUGGAACGGUCCAUGAAAAUAUCAAAGAAAAUAAUCGUAUUCCGACUUGUCAAAUAUGCGGGAAGCAAGGGCAUACCGCAAUUAAAUGUUGGCACCGGUUCGAUCAUGCUGUUCAACCCAAUGAUAUUCCUCAAGCAUUAGCUGCCAUGACCCUCGAAAAUAAUAUUCAUGAUACCGAGUGGACAGCUGAUACAGGUGCCUCUGCCCAUAUGACAGGUAAUUCAGGAAAGGGCGACCAACCGCAUUUUACUGAACGGCCGACGGAAGGGUAAUUUAUAUGUGUUGUCC